GUUCAAUCAAAGAUGUAUGUGAAGCACACGCCACUAUACAGCGUGCUCAGCUAGAACAUAUCAGGUAUUGAAAUGCACACCGGUGAGUAGCUUGCGACUAGAUCGGGUAGGGCGGGAAGAUCAGGUAGAAGAGGAUGGAUGUCCCAUCCAAUGAGAGUCACAGCCGCUGUGCGCUAACCAACAACAAAAUCUUGCAACAUUGAAUUCUAGAUCUCUUUCCGGACAGUUUUCCAGUCCUAGAUCAAGCACCAGGUUGUCAGAGUCUCCAUAGGGUCUGAUGGUGCACGUCCAGGUCGGAUGACUUGGGAGCCGGAACAGUCUGAAGCAGAAGGUAUAAUGUCGAACAAGUUCCUGUCACGCUCAAGGUAACGCGGCAGUCGAUCAGUCUCGAUCAGCCUUGCGGUCCAACACGAGUGUCUUCCACGAAAGUCCUUCGCGGCUACACGAUACGACAAGACGGCACGUAAUCUUUUUGCACUCUCAUAUCCACCAAUAUCUUCCUGGAACUUGAACUCAGUGAUGGAUCAAUCCGUUGUCUACAGUUGAUUUCUAGCCGUCCCUCCCACCGCGGAUGUUUCACGGCCUACAUAUCGUGGUAGGCUCUCCAUCUUUUUUGGCUGGUCCUUCGAAAGCGGACCUAAUCGCGUUUCUGUGUGUCAUAUAUCGGCCACCGAUAUCGGUCAAAUCUUCGAAGCGCUCACGACGGACCCCGGAAACUGCACUUCGCCGCGCGAUGGCCCUGCCUCUGCAAGAUCAGUGCACCUACGACUUGGAGCAUCGAUGGGCUCGCAGAUCUCGCUAUAUGCUUCACCCCCCGAUACGACACGAACGGCAGUGUUGAAAUUCCUGGAUGGCAUAGCGCAGCCGCUCCCUCCUCGCACUCCGAUCGAGAAAAGUCUCUUCAAGGACAGCUGCGCUGCCGCAGUUCAGCGGGGCUGGCCCGCCGACACGGCUCCAAAAUACAUGGGAGGGGGUGUGGCGAUGAGCUCGACCGGAUACGCGCACUUGGACAACAAUUCUACUCGCAUUCUAAUCGCCGUGUACACUGCGUGUGGGAUAUACCUGGACGACGUCUAUCAGCACAACACCACCGGUGUAAGCGAAUUCAACCAGCGCUUCUUCGAGCACGUCCCUCAAGCAGAUCCUGUGCUUGACUGUUUUGCUCAAAUUCUGCUCGAGAUUGGAGAUCACUUUGACCGAGUCGUCGCUAAUAUCAUUGUGACAUCGACGCUCAACGCGGUGACGGCUCUCACGCUAGAGGCCAGGACCCAGGGCAUGGCUAUAAGCCCCAGCGCGAUUGGCUAUCCCACAUUUUCACGCGUCAUGUCGGGGGCUUCAGAAGCCUACUCGCUGUUCAUCUUCCCCCGGAGUUUUGUUCUGCCCCAAUUCAUUCAGACCCUCCAGCAGCUCAUGACAUUCAUCAAUAACGGAAACGACAUUCUCUCCUUCCACAAAGAAGAAUCCGACGGCGAGACUGUCAACCGGGUUUCAUUUCUUGCUCAACAAAGCGGCAAAACCAAGCAGACUGUGCUCGUCGAACUUGUCGCUGACGCAAUUCAAGCCCACCGGAAUGUUCUGGAUGCCCUCGCCUCGACUCCCGCAGCGCAGAAUGUGUUUCAAGCGUUUGUGGCGGGCUACAUUGGGUUCCAUGUUUCUGCAGGUAGAUAUCGUCUAGAAGAAUUAGCGUUGUCCGUAUAGGGUGCAGUGAUCAACCCGCAGCCCCCGUUAUUUAUUGCAGCCAGUAGCUGGCCAGAUCCUCAGCUCGUCCAGUUCUAAGAAAGAACAAGAGAGAAGCCACUGAGCUUCAGUCGGGCCGGUCGAAUGGGAAUGCCUUCGAUCUUAUCUAAUCUCAAU